AUGAAUCAUAACAAUACCUCAAUCGACGAUGUCGACAAAGAGAAAGAUCGAAUUGGCGAUGUGCAUGGCUCGGACACCAGUAUACCUACCGAGAAGGAAUCACCGCCAGAGGUAGUAGUGAAUACCGAACAGCCUCCCUCCGAUGUCGUGCCUGCAGCAGAACCGCCACCGGCACCCAAUGGCGGCUAUGGUUGGGUUUGUGUCGUUUGCGUGGCUCUCAUCAAUGGGCAUACUUGGGGUCUGAAUUCGUCAUAUGGUGUCUUCCUCUCAUACUACCUGGCCAACGAUGUUUUCCCUGGCGCUACUUACCUGGAAUUUGCUUUCGUCGGAUCCCUUUCAAUUGCAUGUGCAUUGCUUGUCUCACCAGUGGCUACCAUUUUCACCCGCAAAUUCGGGACCAGGACUACACUAUUCACUGGAGUCGCAUUUGAAACUGCAAGCUUGAUCGGUGCAAGUUUUGCGAAACAGAUCUGGCAAUUGUUUCUGAGUCAAGGCGUUUGCUUCGGCUUUGGCAUGGGCUUUCUGUUUGUGGGAUCUGUGGGUAUCGUCCCUCAAUGGUUCACCACGAAGAGAAGUCUGGCAAACGGCAUCGCUACUGCAGGGUCUGGUUUAGGUGGUCUGAUAUACUCACUGGCAACUGGCGCCAUGAUUCCCAAUAUCGGACUGGGCUGGGCUUUCCGAGUGCUAGGCAUCGUAGCAUGUGUGGUCAACGGUGUAUGUGCUAUGCUGGUGAAAGACCGAAACAAGGCAAUUGGCAGUUCCCAACUGGCAUUCGAUGUACAGCUGUUCAAGCGAACCGAAUACCUGUUAUUGCUUGGCUUUGGUUGGUUCAGUAUGCUGGCAUACGUUGUGUUGCUAUUCAGUCUAGCAAACUUUGCCCGCAGUGUCGGCCUUACUGCUUCCCAAGCCUCCAUCGUCUCAGCAAUUCUCAACCUCGGACAAGCCGUUGGUCGUCCACCAAUUGGUUAUUUCAGUGACAGCAUCGGCCGCAUCAACAUGGCUACUCUCAUGACUUUCAUGUCUGGCCUAUUUGCCCUUGUGAUCUGGACGAACGCCAAGAGCUUUGGUGUGCUCAUUUUCUAUGCUAUAGUCGGCGGCACAGUUGCAGGAACCUUCUGGACAACCAUCGCUCCGGUCACGGCCGAAGUUGUCGGUUUGCGCAAUGUUCCUGCUGCAUUAAACAUCUGUUGGCUGGUCCUCGUCAUUCCUUGCACUUUCUCUGAGCCUAUCGGGCUUGAGAUUGUGUCGUUUGACGGUGGAUACCUAGGAGCGCAGUUGUUUACGGGCUUCAUGUAUAUUGGCGCCGCCAUUUGUGCACUUUUCUUGAGGAGCUGGAAGAUUGCCGAAGUGGACGAGAUUGAGGGUCUACAGGAUGUCGGGAAUGUAGAUGCUGUGGCCAUCGAAACAAAAGUGGACGAAAAUGUCAAGGAGACUGCAAGAAAGACGGCGAGGAAAAGGCUGCUUGGUUGUAUCUUCAGAUGGAAGAAGGUGUAA